UCAUCAGACCCUGUCUGCAGCAGUUCUUGUUUGGAGCAGUAGAGAAACGGAUUUGAGUGAGGACUAACUAGUUGGUGUUGUUGGCGUGUGCUCAAGAUGGCUGAGAGUAAGAGUACUUUAAUCGCAAGAUCUGUGCAGAAACAUGCAGGGAGAGCGAAAGAAAAGUGCUCGCGGUGGGGAGUGGGAACCCAGCGGCGGGUGCAGCGCCUGCCUCCCAUGAUUUUACAAAACUUGGGCAAAGUAGAUCGAACAUCAGACGAAAUUUUUGAGGAACAUCUUCAGAACUUCACACGACAACAAAAUGCUGCCAACAGACUACAGAAAGAAUUCAACAACUACAUUCGCUGUGUUCGUGCCGUGCAGACAGCAAGUAAAUCAUUGUUGGAUUCUCUAUGUGAAAUCUAUGAGAGUGGUUGGACUGGCCAUGAUCUACUAUAUGUACAAGCUCAGAAUAUUGAAAUGUUGUGGCAAGAUUUCAAUCACAAACUAGGUGACCAAGUGCUCAUCCCCUUGAACACAUAUCAAAGCCAAUUUCCAGAAAUGAGAAAGAAAGUAGACAAACGAGGUCGAAAACUUGUGGAUUACGACAGUCAACGGCACAACUACCAAUCACUCCAGGCAGCCGCAGCAAGUGGAACGAAGAAACGAGAUGAAAACAAGAUCAGCAAAGCUCGUGAUACUUUGGAAGAAGCAAAGAGGACAUAUGAAAUGCUGAACUCUGAACUACAUGAUGAACUACCGGCUCUUUACGACUCACGCGCCCUUUUCUUGGUUACGAAUCUUCAAACAUUAUUUGCUGCAGAACAGUUGUUCCACUCUGAAACAGCCAAGGUCUACACAGAGCUGGAAGCUGUUGUAGAUAAAUUGGCAACUGAAUGUCAGCGUGGCUCUUACACACUAAAGAAAAAUAACUCAUCUCCAAAGUCAGCAAUCAUUAACAAUAUGAAUUCAAGUAUAACAUCUGCACCCCACUCAGCGGGCAGCUCAGCUGAGCCCGUCGAUUGCGUGACACAAUUUACUAACCAAUCCUCCCCCUCCUCCACAGCUACCAAACUGGCCACCUUGCCCUCAUCUGAUGCAGUACCACACAUAAAUGGAGAUUCAAAAAAACAAAACAACAAUUCAAUCCCAGCUUCUCCAACGUCACCAACACCUUCAAGUCCUGAUGUAAAUGAGACUCCUGUUGCAAACAACUCCAACACAUCUGUCCCAGCUACAAAUUCAACCAAUGCCAAUUCCUCCACCCCUACCAGUCCAACUAAUGGCAAAGCACCUAAUGCCAACAGCAACAAGCUUGUUGAGGAGCUCUAUGACAUUCCUGUUGGUGCCACUACAGACAACCUGCCUCCAGGUGUUCUCUACAGGGUUAAGGCGACAUACAAGUAUAACCGUGAGGAUGUCGAUGAGCUGUCAUUUGAUGUUGGAGAGAUUGUUAGAGUUGUUGAAUAUGAUGACCCAGAAGAACAGGAGGAAGGCUGGUUAAUGGGAAUCAAAGAAGGAACAGGUGAAAAAGGAAUGUUCCCUGCAAAUUUCACCCGCCCGUUGUGAAGUGUGUAACAGCUUGCCCUAGGGCAAAGUCUUCUGUUUUUUGUGGAGGUGUAGACAUUCUUUUCAUUUCUUGCAAACCAAGUUGUCUAGCAACAUGAGUGAUGUGUGUUUGGGAGUGAACUUGCCCCUGAAUCAUCAAAUUUGAUACUUGUCAAUGGUUUGUUUAAAAAUGAAAAUUUUAUUUGAUUGAUGGACUGCUUCAAACUGCCUCUCUACACUGGCUGACCUAAGGAUAACUUUGGUGAACACUCUCUAGUUACAGAGGACCCAAAGUGUGUACAGUUCAUAAAUUAUCCUUAACAUAUCACUAGUGUAGACUGACCAAAAUAGUGGUGACCCUCUUGUGCACAACUGGUACCAGUAUGGAGACAUCAUAUUCCAUCAGACCAAGUUUAUAUUUUUGUAACGGUAUUCCCGUUUGUGAUUUUCCAUUCAUUACGACUUUGCAGAUUAGUUUGCAAUAAUUAAAAUUCAUGAUGUAUUCUUACACAUAACCAAAAUUUCAGUAUGAACAGAGAAUUUGUGUUACAGUACUGUUAUUUUAUAUUCAAAUCAAAUCAGAGUGUUUAGGUCUCUAUAAUGGCCUAUAUAUAUAUAUUAUCUAUAUCAAGUCUUUUAACAAAGAAUAUAUUGGUGGCCUUCGUACUUGAUGAUUAUGUGAUACGUACUUUUGAAGCGUACUGGUGCCAUUCAUUGAUUAGACAAUGCCUUCUUCUCGAUUGUUGAUUGUGAGAAAAUUUAUUUUGCUCAUUGUUUCCCCUACACAAAAGCAAAUUGUAACAAAAUAUUUGUUAAAGUGUGAUUUCUCUCUCAUAGAUGUUGCAUUUGUAUUUUUUAUUGGUCAGAGAUACUAUAGACCUCUGCAUGGCAUUUGUUAGUCAACAGAUUGUUUAUGAAAUUUAUGCCUCUCUUUGUUGGGAGUGAUAGCCUUUUUUUAAUUAUCGCAGUAUUUCUUUUAAAUGCAUCACAUCAUUUUACAUGUCCCAAGUGUAUUAUUUAUGACAGUAUUUCUUCCCUUCCAGAUUCUGUUGUAUAUCUGGUUUUCUGUUUUCAUUUGCAUGUUACUACAAUAAUUCUCAGUAAUAUAUAUUUACACUUGCUGUUACUUUAACAAUCACAAACCUGCGGCUAAAAUUUAACAUUUCUUAACCUACUAUUAAAAUGUAAAUUUACUUUGGAUUACAUCAAAGAAAGUUCGGAAGUGUGGGGCAUAACAAUUAUUCUUAUGAAGGGAAGCAAAAGUUUAUUUUUUUAAAUCUAUUAUGAGAGGAAUGAGCAUGCCCAUUUGUAUUUAGUCAUGAAUUGUUCUGUCAAACAAUUACGUGAGAAUUUGAUAUGAAUCAAGUAAGAUGGUUCAUGGUAUCUUAUUGAGUGAUUAAUGCUGUGUAUGUAUGUUUUUAAAUGUUUGUAUUAUGUAUAAAUGUCUGUUUGUUGUAUGUGUGUGUGAAUGUUUGCGUGCGAGUGAAUGAGUGUGCCUGUGCAUGUCGGUAGGUUCAUUGUUGAACUAUAAAUUACUUAUCUCUGUCCUAGAAUGAGGCCGCUGCCUAUACCCUUACAACAUUGUCUUCCCAACUCACGGCCUAGCUUAAAAUCUAUCUUAUACAAACAUACAAAUUUAGUAAUUUGUAUUUAUUUUAUUACAUCAUGACCAGGCAUAAUUUUUCUAAGAACUUUUAUAUUGAGACUGUUAUGAAGGGCCAAUAAGAGAAUGAAGUAAAAAGCAAUGAUGAGUCUGUGACUUGUUUAGAACAGAGAAAUCAGAGAAAUCAAAGAAGUAACUAUUUUCGGUAUUCAAGAAUAUUUUGGUAACCUUUAACUUGAGGUGUAGCGCGCCUAUUAAUUCUUCUACUGUAUUAAUCUUUAUUAAAGAUGUGUCAACUGGAGUAAGAGAAGGAGCUUGAUAUGAUUUUUGAGUCCUGUUCUAUUAGGGUCGAGUAAAUUGUUUUUAAAGAGGGAGGAGGCAAAUACUCAUUUUACUGUUUUUAAACUUUUAGAUUAAAAAAUAUUUUUUCUGUGUAAAUAAUUUGCUGCGAUGAGUAUGAAGUUCUUAAAUGAUGUGUUACUGAAAGUUUCAACUUGAAGUUUGGAAGAAAUAUUUGUUAACCUUUUUUAAAAAGUCUAAGUGAAUUGCUUUUAUUUGCCUCUUGGUAUUUUUCUACCAGCCUUAUGAGCUGGUAAAUUGCUUUUAAAUAGGAUUGUUUCUUCAUGUCCUUUCCAUCUUCCAUAAUCUUAUGAUUUCACUUGCCAUUUCCUCCCAUGUUGAUUUACCACUUUCAAGUGUGUGUUUUAUAAUUUGCUUUUUAGCUUAGCAAAAAACUAACCAGUCUCCAAAGCUGUUAUAAAUUUGUGAAUCUGUGAAAAAGCGCUACUUAGAAUUAAUUGUUAAAGCGAUGUGAGUAUGUUAAUUUGAGGAAGUACCAUGAUGUAGGAAUUAAAAUCUGUGAAUACCUCAUCAGCACAUGAAGCAUGUAAGAUUUCCUACUUCUUGUGCAUGUAUCAUGCUUGAGUCAGUUUUUGUUAAUUUAUUUUAGGGUUGAAGAUGUCAUGACUUCUGAAUGCUUUGCUCAGGACCUUCUACUUGAACGGAUUGAAUUCUGUAUGUGUGAUCUGUUGUGCAUAGUUUAUUUUGCUUCUGGCUCAUUCUAACACCAACUUGUGUGUUCUAUUUAAUUAUACAGCUAGAGAAAAAUAUCUCGUCUUCCUACUUAGUCGUAGUUUGUCUAUUCAUUUUUGUAGUUAAUGAAUGUUGGUGGUUCUGAUAGGUUUGAAUUGUCAAGCUCCUUCAGAGAAAAGGCUGGCCUGAUAAUGUGGAGGAUACUGCUUCUGAUUUAAAUAGAGGUUUGAUGUUGCCCUCGUACUUGUACCAUAAGGACCCCCAAACCAACAGUAACAGUGCUUCAGAAUGUGCCAUGAAGUCUUUCAAAGAAUUCUUUCAAGUAGAGACCAGUCUACUGACCAACCAUGGAUGUAGAUUUGAGGUCAUUUCUGUGAAUUCUACUUAAAAGAAAAAAAAUGUGCUCAUUAGAAAGGAAUGGAAAAUUUUGUGAAAUGUGGGAAGUGUCACAAUUUUCUCUUGUAAAUAUAAAAAUGAAUACAUGAAUACAGUAGAACUUUGUCUAAGCGUGCCUCCUUACUCUGUGUGCAUUUAUUUCUAUAUUUCACCAUUAUUUCUAUGUUUAUAUGGAAUUAGGAUGCCGUAUGUAGUGAUAGGUCAAAAUGCUAGCAUAUGUUAUCUCAUCUAGUUCUUCCCCAAGGCACUUCAGGUUACGGACUGUUAGUUGCUUGUACAGGGUUCUACUGUGUGCAAAUGUAUUGUAUAAUUACUAUACAUAACUAUGUACAGAAUGUGAAAGAUAUAAUUUAAAAUAAACAAUCAAGUUACACA